AUGGAGGAUCUCACACCUGAGCAAUGGCGAGAGAUCAUGAACAAGAAGAUGCGCUUCCCCCCGGAGCUGCUCAGUGCGAUCCAGGAGGGGAAGAUCGAGCUGCUGUGUGGACUUCUGAAGACCGGAGACGGGAUCAUCCGACAGCUGGAUGAGUCUGAAGACCGACUGUGGAGAGAAGCUCUGAACCUGUCCAUCCGCCUGGGGAACGAGGACGCUAUGGACGCUCUCCUGCAGGGGGUCAAGUUUGAUUUCAGGCAAAUCCAUGAGGCCCUGCUUGUGGCUGUGGACACCAACCAGCCCAGGGUGGUGAAGCGCCUCUUGGACCGUCUGGACCAGGAGAAGGGGAACAAGAUGGAUGUGCGCUCAUUCUCUCAAGCCAUCUUUGACCGCUCUAUUGACAACUCACAGUUCGCCCCAGGAGUGACCCCCUUGACCUUAGCCUGUCAGAAGGACCUGUAUGACAUAGUGACGAUGCUGACACAGAAGGGUCAUGGGAUCCCCUGGCCUCACAAGAUUUCCUGCUCUUGUCUGGAGUGUCGAAACGGACGCCAGUAUGACCUGCUCAAGUUUUCCCUGUCCCGGAUCAACACCUACCGUGGGAUUGCCAGCCGUGCGUACCUGUCCAUCACCUCAGACGACGCCAUGCUGAGUGCCUUCCGCCUGAGCAAGGAACUGCGCAUGCUCUCCCAGAAAGAGCCAGAGUUUAAGCCUCAGUACCUCAGCCUGGAGGAGCUCUGCCAGGAGUUUGCUGUUGAGUUACUGGGAAUGUGUCGAAACCAGAGUGAGGUGACCACCAUCCUGAACAGCUGCGGAGAUGAGAGUCAGGAUGCUCUGGACGAACAAGCUUUUGAAGAGGGAAUACCCAACCUGUCCCGCCUCCGACUGGCUGUCAACUACAAUCAGAAACAGUUCGUGGCACAUCCUAUCUGCCAACAGGUGCUGUCCUCGAUCUGGUGUGGGCAUCUGGCGGGCUGGAGAGGCAGCAGGACGGUCUGGAAACUGCUUGUGUCUGUGGGCAUCUUCCUCACCAUGCCACUACUGUGUCUGGUUUACUGGAUUGCACCAAAAUCCAAGUAUGGAAAAAUAAUCAAGAUCCCCGUCAUCAAGUUUCUCCUGCACGCGGCCUCCUAUCUGUGGUUCCUCAUCACGUUACUGGGAGAAUCUAUAACUAUGGAAAUGUACAGAGACAAGUUCGCCUCCAGGAAGCAAAACAUUCUCCACAGUUCUUUCCACAUGGUGUGGGUGGUUGGAUUUUUCUGGCACGAGUGUAAGGAGGUGUGGAUCGAAGGCUUGCGUAGUUACUUCUUGGACUGGUGGAACUGCUUAGACAUGAUGGUCCUGAGCAUGUACUUGGCUUCCUUUGCUCUGCGUGUCGUCAUUAUGCUCAAAGGAUACUUCCUCUGUCAUGACCACGGCCAAUCCGAUGAGUGCAUCUACUUCACGCAAACCUUGCGAGACGACUGGCACCAGGAGGACCCCCAGCUCAUCGCAGAGGUGCUGUUUGCAGUCACCAGCAUGUUCAGCUUCACUCGACUGGCUUACAUCCUGCCAGCCCACGAGUCUCUGGGAACACUGCAGAUCUCCAUUGGAAAAAUGAUAGAUGAUAUGAUGAGAUUUAUGUUCAUAUUGAUGAUCAUUGGAACGGCUUUCCUCUGUGGCAUCAAUAAUGUUUACGUACCUUAUGUUAUCUCGCCACAUCUGGGCAGGUUUAAUGAGACAUUCCACUUCCUGUUCUGGACCAUGUUUGGAGUGGCCAACCAGGAAUACGUGGACAUGCCUCAGUUUGUGUUGGCGGAAUUCGUUGGGCGCGUUCUUUACGGCAUUUUUACCCUCGUAAUUGUUAUCGUCCUUCUCAAUAUGCUGAUUGCUAUGAUUACAAACUCCUUCCAGAAAAUUGAGGAUGAUGCUGACGUGGAGUGGAAGUUUGCCAGGUCUAAGUUGUACCUGAGCUACUUCAGAGAGGGCCUGACUAUGCCUGUUCCAUUCAAUAUCAUCCCAUCCCCUAAAGCAUUCUUUUACAUACUUAGAGGGAUUUUCCGGCGACUCUGCUGCUGCACAUGUAGCCCCAGCAGCGAGUAUCCCCCUAUUGCCUCCAUUAAUAACGAUAAGAGCUCUGAUGACGGGCAGCUACCAUACAGGCAGCAGGUGAUUGGUGCUUUGGUGCAACGGUACAUCGAAUCAGCACGAAGAGAGUUUGAGGAAACCAAGAGAAAAGACGUUGGGAAUCGCAUCACUGAGCUGAACAAAGCUGUGAACCGGUUACACUCUGACAUGAAGUUGGUGCAACAGCUUCUUAUCAACGACGAACACACCAUCAGUGAUAACGCUUCAAAAGAUGGCUCAUCGGUCCUUGGAAAGUACAUAAUCGGUGCCAAGAACAAUUUCAGAGGUUUCAACAGUAGACAAGACGAUAAGGCUGCAUCUCUUAAAGUAGUGGUACAUGAGGAUAAUGGAGACAAGGACAAAAGUGAGUCUGACGUGAAAGAAGUGGAAGAUAAUGAUUCAAAGGCCACAGAGUGCGAGGUGGUGAAGAUGGAAGAGGGCCGAGCAAAGGAAAAUGCAGUCGCCAUUAAGAGCAUUGAUGAAAAAGAAAAUACUGCAUCAUUAGGGAAGAUCAAGACAGGGAUACAGCAUGUGAUCAAAACUGGAGUCACCCAGGAAUAUAAGCAAGAAGUCCAUGAAAAUAUUGACCAGAACGUGGAAAAUGAACAGUGUACUGGGACCAAACAGCUUGUAAACAGAUUUAAAGACUUGGAAGCACAAAACAAAAAUGCAAAAGAGGCCAAAUGGGUAAAGUUUGACCACACCUCAGAAAAGGGCCCCAAGGAGAUGGUCACAAAACCCGGCGCUUCAUCUCCCACUGGCAGCAGCACCUCUCAGGACACGGGCUUCGGGUCGCAGGAGGGGGACUUGUCGCCCGAUGGAGUGAGAGGGGAAAGUUAG